AUGGCUCAGCAGAUACAAGGAAAGACAGCGAUCGUCACGGGCGCCGGCUCAGGCAUCAAUCUCGAAUUUGCCCGUCUUCUGCUGGAACAUGGCGCCAACGUCCUGUUUGCCGAUCUUGGUCUGCGACCAGAAGCCGAGAAACUGGUCCAGAAGUACCAGUCAACGCCUAACAAAGCUGUCUUCCAGAAAACAGACGUGGCCUCGUGGCCUGACCUCGAAGCCAUGUUUGCCGCCGCCCAGCAGCACUUUGGAUCCAUCGACAUUGUGUGCCCGGGAGCAGGCGUGUUUGAGCCUCACUGGAGCAACUUCUGGUACCCACCUGGCACGGAGAAAUCCAAGGACGACCCGGCUGGGGGCAGGUAUGCUCUGUACGACAUCAACAUCACGCAUCCCACUCGCGUCACGCAGUUGGCCAUUGCCCACUUUUUGGCAGCGAAUCCCCCAUGCAGCACUGACAAUCCCAAAACAAUUGUCCAUAUCGCCAGCAUUGCCGGUGAGAGUGCGAGUCUCGCGUUCCCAUUGUACUAUGUGAGCAAGCAUGGCGUCCAGGCGUUGGUCCGCAGCUUGGCCGACCUGGAACACCUGCACGGGAUACGUGUGAGCUGCGUGAUGCCUGGGGUGGUCAAGACCCCCUUGUGGACGGACCACCCGGAGAAGCUGAAGAUUGUCAAGCAGGAAGGAGAAGGGGCCGACACCUGGGUGACGCCAGAGGAGGUCGCUCAGGUGAUGCUCGCCCUGGUGAAGGACAAUGAGGUUUCUAGUGUUAUUGGGGGUGGGAGCACGAGAACCAAUGGCGUCAAUGGAGAGCAGCAGGACAUGAUCCCGAUCAAGGGAGGCACCUGCUUGGAAGUGCUGGCGGGUGCCGUCAGAGAUGUGCCUCUCUAUAACAAUGUUGGGCCAUAUGCGACGGGCAAGCAGGGGGCGAGCGUCAGUGAUGGUGAGAAGAUAUACAAAGAGGUGCUUGGGGAGUUGAAGCCGGGGUGGGGGAAGUAUUGA